UCCCUCACUCUGCGGAGGCGCCGGGCCUGUGACGAGCGCGGCCCACCGCUCCCGUGGCCCAGCGCUCCCGUGGCCCGGACUCACGAACGGCCGGGCCGGGCCGGGCUGGAGCGGAGGGGGAACCCCGGGGUCCCCAGCGGGGGUCGGGCCGCGGCAGCAGCAGCAGCGGUGGCGCCGAGCGGCGGGAGCGCCGUUCCCGCAGCGUGGUUGGGAGCGGCGGAGCGCGGGGCCGGCAGCGAUCGCGGCCCCCCCCGAGGCGGGUCCUGCCCCGGCUGUCCGAGUUCCAGGAGCUGGAGAAGGGAGAACCUGUUGGAAGCGGCGGAGGAGGCGAUGAGGGUCGCGCUGCCGCUCGUCGGAGAGGGUGAUCGUGUCUGAGAGGAUGGCGGUGCCUGUUGCUGUUGUUGUUGCCGCCUCUCCUCCCCCUGUCGCUGCCCUGUGGUCGUGACUUGUCAGAGGCAGAAAUCGUUAAAUGGGCCUUUGGUGAAGUGCUUUGCGUGCGAAUCUAAACAAAAAUAUUGUCCAGAAAAACACCGGGAGACAUCAGUUCAGUAGCGUUGACAGGAGAACUUUUGGGGGCAGCGAAGCAGAGCUGGUUGUACGUUCAGUUGUACACUGGUUAGAGUCCAGGAUGAGUUAUGCAGAAAAACCUGAUGAAAUCACAAAAGAUGAAUGGAUGGAAAAGCUUAAUAACUUGCAUAUCCAGAGAGCAGACAUGAACCGCCUUAUCAUGAACUACCUUGUCACAGAGGGCUUUAAAGAAGCAGCCGAGAAAUUCCGGAUGGAGUCUGGAAUUGAACCCAGUGUUGAUUUAGAGACUCUGGAUGAAAGAAUAAAGAUCCGUGAGAUGAUAUUGAAAGGACAGAUCCAGGAAGCCAUUGCAUUGAUAAACAGCCUCCAUCCAGAACUGCUGGAUACAAACAGAUAUCUCUACUUUCACUUGCAGCAACAGCACUUGAUUGAACUGAUUCGGCAGCGUGAGACAGAGGCAGCUCUGGAAUUUGCUCAGACCCAAUUAGCAGAACAAGGGGAGGAGAGCAGGGAAUGCCUGACAGAAAUGGAGCGCACGCUGGCCCUGCUUGCCUUUGAUAAUCCCGAAGAGUCACCAUUUGGAGACUUGCUUAACAUGAUGCAGCGACAGAAGGUGUGGAGUGAGGUUAAUCAAGCUGUUCUAGACUAUGAAAAUCGUGAAUCAACACCCAAGUUGGCAAAAUUACUGAAACUACUACUGUGGGCUCAGAAUGAGCUGGACCAGAAGAAAGUGAAAUAUCCCAAAAUGACAGACCUCAGCAAGGGGACGAUCGAAGAGCCCAAGUAAAAUGUGUGCAGAUGGACAUCAAACAAUCUUAGUACUGCACAGUAUACAUUUAUAUCAGUCUGUGACUGAAAUAUUUUUACUACAGUACAGCACUCAAUUCAGAUUUUUCAAUGAACAUCUAAUUUGAAGGGAGAAAAGUCCCUUUUAAAUGCUGCAAAAACUGCAUUGAAAGGCGCUGUGUCUCUUUGAAAGUCUGACUUAGGCUAUGCACUAUAAUACAUUUUUAAAAAAAACAAAACAAUUAAACAGGACAGGAAAAAUAGCAUUUUUAAAAGUACAGAACUCAAGCUUUCUAAUUGGCUGCUGAUGCCUAGUUUAGUGGCCAGUGAGUUAAUAUGGAGUUAUAUUGGCAACUGUUCAGUUCAGUUUAACUGUCUCCUGUUUGAAAUGUGUAUAUAGAACAGUGAAUAUUUUCUACCUUUAAGUUAUAGCCAGAUAUACAUUCCCCUUAAAAGUAACUGGUCAAGUUUUCAUCUAUAAACUUUGCGGUAAGGUCAACCUUUUGCUUAGGAAAUAGUGUACAAACUUGUAAAUCAUAAUUUAAGGACUUUAGGUUUUUGGGGUUUUUUUCUUCCUUGUUUCAGACUUCUUGGUGCUUUAUAUGGUGAGAGCUAUGUUCAUAAUGGAUCAGUGACCCAUCUUUUCAGGAGGAGUAUUGAUGGAAAUAAGUUUGUUUUCCUUAAUUUUCGUGAAUGACCAAAAUGGCCCCAGAGGCAUUUGAGGGUUUUUGUUGACAGGGGCCUUUCCCCCCCAUGUUACAUUUGCAGUUGUAGACACUGCAGUGGUUCCAGGUGGCUGAUGCAGCUUUGAAGGCCACUGGAUGUCUGUAGGAUGAAAGACUUGUGCUGGGGAAUCAGGUGGUGGGGAGAGAUGCUUGUUGAAGCCUCUGAUGCAUCAUCUUGUGCAGGAUCUGCCUUCAUGCUUGCUGAAUUGUAGUUUUAGAGCUACUUGGGCUGUAUUUAUGCCUUGAACUGAGCAGAGCAGGGCUGUCUAAUACCAGAAAUUUCCAUUUUCUCACUUCUUCCAUACCUUUCUGAAGAGAUGCAGUUCAUCUUCAGCUGUAUUCGUUUACUGACUGUCCUCACUCCAGUUAGAAUUAUAGUUUUAAUGUUUUACAUGUGAAGUCCAGACUUUCAAGUCAGCAAAUUGUAAUCUUCUGAGUAUGGGAUGUUCUGGUCGACUGAUGGCAGCGCUGCACACUGGUUUGUAUCCAGUGGUGGGAAGCACUAAUCUUGCCAAAUCCAUCUCUAGAUUUUUAGGUCUGUAUAUCAAGUUUUGCUGAGCAAAGAGCGAGCUGAUGAGUCAAAUAGCUUAACAUCACGAGACACUGGCAGUUGUCACAGCAGUCCCAUACUGUACAUAAUCUAGUCUUGUAUGGUAGAUAUUACCCUGUAGAAUGAAACUUAGUUUUCACCUAAUUUUACUGGAAUACUUAAUGCAUUAAACUGUAUAAAGCUUUGCAGAUACACCUGGCUUAAGGGAACUAACAAAACCUGUUACUGAUUGCAUUACUGUGAACACUUUACUUGUGUAGCUAUUUUUGGGGGUGGGGGGAAGCCAUUGUUUGUUAAGCAGCUAUGAGAGAUGCAGAGCACCAAGGUUAAGCGAGAUGAUGGAUGCAACAAAAUCAUUUGUUCCCAUUUCUUACCGAUCGUUCUGUUCUCCACUUUGAGGCAUUUGUGGUAUGGAGGUCUUAAAGUUUAUAUGUAACAAACAAGCUGUCAGUAGCCCCCCAGCUACAGCAGCAGCCUGGCUUUCCUUCACCCAGGCUGGUUAUUCUAACACCAAACUUUUAACAGUUGUGGGUUUGGUUGUUUUGGUUUUUUUUUUUUAAUUAUUUUUUUUUUUCUUUUUGAAGUCGGUUGAUGUCUGAAAACCAUGUAUAACUUUUAGUUUGUGAGAAACUGUAUGGUUAAUGUAACUUUGUUUAAUAACAAAACUGCAGAAACAAAACUGGAAUAGCUCUACUUUCUUCAUAUAGAACUGAUCAGCUUUUCCUCUGUUCUGACACUUGUGUUGUUGAGUCUCACGUCAAGCUUCUCCCGGGUGAAGUGGAAAGUGGUGCGGUUUUGUGGCAUGACUAGCAUUUUUCUCCAUGAGAAAUGCAGUAUUACAGCCCUGGGUGAGAAGUUCACUGUACUCCUAGAACGCUAAGUUAAUUCCAUAGAGUAUUUGGGCAACGACUGAGCGUAGACUUACUUGAAUUUUCACUAGCUUGUUGGUUUUUUCCAUUAAAAAAUAAACACGUUUUUUAAGGGGGUUUAAUAUAAAAUUAGUCUAGAACUAUUUCACUUUGUUUUUAUGAACAUGCCACAUUGAUAAGCAGCUUUAAUCUGUAAAGUUUUUGGUACCUGCAAGAAGAUAUUCGAAAGCUAUGCAUUUUAGAGAAAGCAUAAAGGUAGUGAUAUUGGUACUUCUAAGGAUCUUUAUAUUAGUGUAUAUAAAAUAGUUUGCAUAUACAAAUAUAAUAUAUAAUCUGUUUGAAAUAUUCUUGAAUGGUAGGGGCUGUGAAACAUAUUAUAAUUUAUGGAAAUAUUGUACACAGUAAACAGACGUCUCAGUACACGAAUGAACUUUUGUCAUAUGCAUGAGAAGUGUCUUAUUUGGUGACUACUAAUGAAUGGGCUUUUGUUAACCCAUUUUUGUUAGAUAACCACUUUAACAAAUAUUAUUAAAUGCCACUUUGAUCAGUUUUCUUUAGUGUAAAAAUACAUAUUUUGUUCCACUGAAUUUAGAACAAUAUGAAAAUCACUUCUGUAAGAAGAUUUGUUCCAAACUCAACGGUGGCAGACAGAUCUGGUCAUUAAGGGUGGUGCACUCACUCGUCCUCCCCCAGCCUUGCCUUUGGUGAAAGCAAAUCAGAUUUUUUUCAUUAAUGCUUUGUAUGUGAAGCAGUUGGGUUGUAAAAUAUCCUGUCAUAUGCCCCUGCAGAAAGGCUGCAUAGCAAGUGUGUUUUGAUUAGGCUACAAAUCUCCCUCCUUUUCCCAAAGCCAUCACCUCCCUGGUAACUGUCUUUGCUGUUCCCGUGUUUUGUUUCUGCCUGUCAAAUCUAAGCUGAGCUGUGGUUGCUUCUGUUGUACAAUGGAGGGAUUUGUGAAGGGUGGGGGAUCACAGGCUUCCCUGAAGAUGAAGUGCUGGUGGUACUUUGAGAAAUACUGAACUGCUUAAUUUACAUAGCUGGAAAAGCAGAGGCUGCUGCACAGAAACUUAACAGCAGAAUUUUGAGUAAAGCAUUUCCUCUCAAGACUUUUGAAGAGGCAAACAUACACCUUGAAGCCAGGUGAAGUACCUCUCUCUCUUUAAGAUGAUUUCAUUGAAACACUUUCAGCUCCUUCCACCCACAUUGAAAGAAAAAUUGAAAAGCACGUGGAGAGCAUUUAUGUAGCAUUUGAAAUGUGUGAAAUUACCUGGAAAGAAUUCUGCCUCCUUUCCACUCCUUGUACAUACAGGGGAAGCCAUUACAUUAUUUUAGGGUGAUUUUAUUGUUUUUAAUUUGUAAAAUUUAUGCUUUGUAUGCUUGAGUAUAAGCUUAACGGCGCUACUUAAAAAAAAUCCUUGACUAGA